AUGCGGUCUACAAACACCGUGCUAAAAACACUCGGAAGACCCUAUGUUAGGCCGCAAUCGUCGAAGAAAUCGCAGCAAUUCCGCGGGCAACGACGGUGCGAGUCGUGCAAAGCUUUCGGUCGCGCCGGACGUAUUGUAGUUUGUCGCACACCGAUCGCACAGCCCGUCGAACAUGUUAAACGUAAAAAAACGCCGAGUUCGAGUGAGUUUUCGCGUUUUCGUUCUACUUUACUUUCGUGUACCGAUUUCUGGCCGGACCCCGUGUUACGACGACGAGUGUUUUUUAGAUUCCGUGUCCGCUGCGGUUAGCGACGUUUCUACCGGAAAUCUCGUACCGAUCGGAAAACGACGCGACGCGUGUAUUUUCUCGUCGAAUCUCGGUGCGCCGAGGGGGCCGCGGUUUGAUUUCUCGUGUGCUGUGUUUGAGUAGCGUCCGCCACGAAUGAUAAAUGGAAUCGCCUUGUACGCGUACGUACAUAGAUUCGGACAGUAGCGCCCAAGCGCACAUUUUUACGGUGUAGCGGAAUUCGAAAUUCAAAACUGCCGUCGGCCACCUAAAAAACUUUUACCCGCAUAAAUACGCGUGUAUACACUUUCCAGCCCCCGUGUAUGCGGCCUGCCACGUCCAAUGUUUUUACCCGUUCUGCCGGAAUAAUCGCGCCAGCCCGCCCGAAACGCGGCGUGUGGCCGACCGCUACUGCGCUCGAAGUACAGUUUGGGGGCCCACUGGAUAUCGCGCGAUAAACGAUGACAAUAUUAAAUAAACUGUCGGCCGCGCGCACUGUUUAUUCGACAGUGCUACAGCACGACCGGCAAUUAUUUUAUGGCGAUAAAUUCAAAAAAAAAUAGAAAAUAAAAACGACGUCUCCGUUAUGAUAUUUCCACCUUCCCGGAAAAAAAAGAACACGUAUACAGGCGAGAAAGGCAAAUGCGCGGCUCCGAAGUCCGCGUUUCUAUCGCCGCAUACGACGACGUUAUCGUAUUGCUGUUAUUAUAUUACGCGCAUCGAUCGUCGGACGAAACGCGCAAACACACAGGCGCGUAAUUUAUUUAUUUUAAUUUUAAUUUUUUUUUUUUUUUCACUACGCAAAGUGAAUACUAUUUUUUUUUUUUGUUUUAAUUUCUUAAAAUACAGUUUUUUAUUAAUAAUUUUAUCGGAUGACAAGGAAAAAAAAAAUGCGAUUUCAUUAAAAUAAUAUUGCGACGCGCGCGCGGCCGCCCGUACCUUUGCGGUGCGUAUCGUAUAAAUUAUUCGGCGCGAUUAAUUAAACGGGAACGCGUUAAUUAAGAACGCCGCCCGAGCGCGUAGCUCAUCCGGACGGCCGCGUGUUUGUUAUUAUACUCGCUUGGACUACUUACUUACUCGACUUGCUCACUUACUCGCUCGCGGUAUUGUAACCCGAAAACUCGAAGCGCCGCGUUUUAAUCCCAUCGCACCUUUGCGGCGAAUAAAACCCGCGGGCCGCACGCCCGGAACGAACGGUUAUUACCACGCCGCGAUUCUCGGAGUUCGCGUUUUAGAUUCCGAGGAUGGCGAAGGAGGAUGUGUUGGGUUUCAACAGAUACGUUUUUUUUUUUUUUUUUAACGAACGUGAACGCUUUUCCUUUAUCGGGAAGCUCACUCCGACGUACACCGCGUAAAGACGUAUUUAUUCCGAACGGAAAAUUUCUCGGAAAGGUACUUGCCGACAGGUCGUUUUUCGAUUUUCCCGGAAAACGUGAAAGACAAAAACAAAAAAAAAAACAAACCGUAAAAUGCACGAGACGUAGGUAUUAUGGUCGGAAAAUAUUUCGGCCUCCGGGGCGGCACUUUGGGGAAGUGAUAUUUUCGGUUUUCCCGGGGUUUUACCCGAUAAACGGGAUAAAAAACUGAAAGACGGGCGCGAUAUUCAUACGAAUGUCCUUAAAGAGAAUACACGAUGCGUUUGCAAUUGUUUUACCGUUGUGCGACGCGCGCUAUACCGUUGACGAAUCAACGGUGCGACACCGUCAACCGAACAACCGAACGUUCAGCGAUCGUUUUUCCGUUAGAGCAAAAGUUGCUUACAGACGCACAUUCGGACCCGUAACACGCGGCUGCACUCGUCUCUAUCAUCCUGGGACAGCCUUUGUCACGUCACCGCGUAUUUCUCGUCGUGGUGUUCCGAUCCGGGCGUUUUACAACGUCGUUACGUUACGCGUUUCGAGCGUGACGUUUUUCGUUCGGUCGCUGCCAAAUGAUUCGCGGUUGAGAAUUCGUCGAUUUUUUUUUUUUUUUUCUGUGUCAAUACUGUCGAUAACAAUUGCCGGGCCUUGGCCAAAAUAAUAUAGCGAAACAAAUAACCGCGAAUGCACAACGAAUCGCGAACAUAAAAAGACGCGGACACACUUCGUACGACGGGCGGUCCACUAUUGUAGACGAAAAGUCGGGUAGAUAAAAUACAGAAGGGAAUUUAAUGUAUAUCUGUACGCAAUGAUUAAUCGUUAAUCUGUACCGCCUCGGUCAGAUUUCCUUUCAAAAGACAAAAAAGUCGUGCUUAUACUUGAGAAUCGGGGAAAAAUUACCGGUAGAAAAAUUGUUCACGGAUAAAAACAAAAAAUAAUAUAAAUAAAUAUCAUUGUAAAACCAAUACAUUCCCAGCUCCACUCGGAAUCUAAAAUGGCGAAUUUUAAAAUAAUCGAUCGCGCAUAAUGGCGAAACUUUUACAAAUUACAAAUUAUAAUAUUAACGAUGAUAAAAACUUUGUAAAAGAUGCGGCUGGUGCGAUUCGCCAUUAAUUACUCAAUUGUUCUUUUCGUUUAAUUAAUAUUUUUCUUAAAUACCCAAAUGACUAAUAUCUAAAUACCGUACGAACUUAACGACAUUAACGAUUGUGUUGACCGUGUUCAAAAAAUUCUGUAUUUCCGCUCUUUUUUUUUUUUAAAAAAAAAAAUUCGCUAUUUUGAUGUUUGUUAUUAUUUAUUAAUUCACGGUUUUUACAUUCGUGGUUAUCUUUUCGUUAUUUUGAUCCGAUGCCAUAAUUGUCUCUAUCAAUGGUGCAGUAUAUCUGAUACUAACGUUUUUAAUAUUAUUACCAAACCGUAUAACCACCGUAGCACCGUCAUGAUACCAAACUCGGUUAUUUAAAUUUGUUUAGAUUAUAAACGGAGCGAGCAAUUUAUUGGUUUUACGACGGUGUUUUUUAUUAUUAUUAUUAUUUUAUGAGAGGUCUGGAAACACUUUUUCUAGCGAAAUUCUCGUCUCAACCGAAAACUGUAUAGGGAACUUUAUUGGUACCGUGUUUGGUGCAAUGUUAACCGCAUCAUGCGCGGCGGCGCCAUACUCUGAAUCAACCGAAUUGUAUUAAUCGUAUUUUUUUUAUUUUUUUUUUUUUCAAAUAUCGCACUGCGUACUAAUAUCUUAUUUUAAGUAAAUCAAAAAAAAAAAAAACAUUUUUUUUUUUUUUCCCCAAUAAGUAUAUUGAGCAAUAAUAUUUGAUUCUCAUAUUUAAAUAUUUUGUUUUUAAGAAAAAAUCGUGUACACGGAAAGGUUAGUACAAGGUUUACUGGGUACACGGACUCGCACGUGGAUAAUUAUACGACUCGGUGUCGGGGAAAUUCUUUUUUUUUCUUUGGUAUUUGAAAUUACGUUAGUUUAAAUUACCUUUCAGAAUUGUAACUAAAAUCGUUUUUAAGUUUUUAAGUUUUUUUUUUUUUUGUUUUUAUUCGGUCAAAUCGCGUUACUUUCGAGUUCGAAAAGUAAUUAUAUAACAAUAAAAGUUCCGUUUUUUUCCCCUCAAAAAUAUUACCGGAGCUCAACAGUUACGUUGUCGACAUGACGUUCGUGAAUUUGGCCCCACCAUGUUAUGAUAAAUACACCAAAAUUUUGCAAAAUUUCGCAACUAAUUUGCAACUUUAGGCAACCGGUAAAAAAAAAUUUGCAACCUUAUAUUUUUGUCCUGAUCGCUAAACUAAAAUUGGUUGGGCCAAAUUCACGUGGCCCCACCACAUCGUCGUAUCGACCUCGAACCUUUUUCAUAAUUUAGCAACUAAUUUGCAACUUUAGGCAACCUUCGUGAAAAAAAUUGCAACCUCGUGGUUACGCCGGAAGCGAAUUCCUAAGUUGGUGGGACCAAAUUCACGUGACCCCACCACAUCGUCGUAUCGAUUUUGAAUUUUUAGGGCCAAUAUUUUAAUUUUUUCGGAAUUGAUUUUAUUUCAUACUAAUAUAUUAUUUUAAAUUAUAAUUAUAGUUCUGUAGUUUCACUUUUAUAUAUAAAGAUUACCUGGUGAUAUAAAAAAAGGUACCAUAGGUACUACCAUGUGCAUAUUAUAAUAUUUAGUAGGUACAUUUUUGUAUCUGAUACGCAAAUCAUAAUUAAACAAAACAAAAUAAAAUACCUUUUUUUUAUAUCACCAGGUAAUCUUUAUAUAUAAAAGUGAAACGACAGAACUAUAAUUAUAAUUUAAAAUAAUAUAUCAGUGUGAAAUAAAAUCAAUUCCGAAAAAAUUAAAAUAUUGGCCCUAAAAAUUCAAAAUCGAUACGACGAUGUGGUGGGGCUAUGUGAAUUUGGCCCCACCAACUUAGGAAUUCGCUUCCGGCGUAACCACGAGGUUGCAAUUUUUUUCACGAAGGUUGCCUAAAGUUGCAAAUUAGUUGCUAAAUUAUGAAAAAGGUUCGAGGUCGAUACGACGAUGUGGUGGGGCCACGUGAAUUUGGCCCCACCAAUUUUAAUUUAGCGAUCAGGACAAAAAUAUAAGGUUGCAAAUUUUUUUUUUACCGGUUGCCUAAAGUUGCAAAUUAGUUGCAAAAUGUUGCGAAAUUUUGGUGUAUUUAUCAUAACAUGGUGGGGCCAAAUUCACGAACGUGUCGGCAUGACGUGAAUAUACGACCACUGUACAAUAUACGUUAAAACUGAUAUCAACAACCGACGGCCAUCAACCGAUCAACACAAUAUUUCGUAAUAAUAAAAUCAAUUAUACGAGUAAUAUCGAAUAUACAUUAAAUAACUGUAUACAUCGUAUGCAUAAAAACAGCGAUAAGAGUAAUUUUGAAACUUCACUACAAAAAAAAUAGGCAACUUAAAUUACGUAGAUAAAUUAUUCACAAUAAAAUAUAAUUGAAUUACCAUCAAAUUACUUAGAAAUUAAUUUCAUUUGAGUGAGUUGUAACUUAAUUCAAGUUACUGUUCAACAUUUUAUGUGGGUAGAAUUUUUGUCAAACCCGGCAGACACCCAAUAAAACCGACCGGCAUAAUAAAUUAAAUUAUAAUACCAAAAAAAAACGGACAUACUUUGCACAAUAGACGAGCCACUGUUGUAGAUAAUAAAUUGGGAAGGUGGAGGGGAAAUUGAAUGUAUAUCUGUACGCAAAGGUUAAUCAUUGCUAACGAAAAAAAGGUUCUGAGCGGAGUUCGGUUACAUACAUUUUGAAAGGCCGUAAUAUAUUUACGGUUUGAAAAUAAUACAUUUCGUAAAUGUGUCCGUUUUUUCUACUUUUUUUCUCGGUUAUUGCCGUUUAUUAUGAAAACCCCCGGGAAAAUCAAAUAAUGGCCUCUUUAAAGUACCAUUUUAGUCAAAUUUCCUUCUAUAAAAGGCAUUACACUUAAAAAUCGGAGUUGAAUUUCUGAAUUGAGAAAAGUUGUUCACAAAAAAAUAAAAAAAUAAAAAUAAACAUCUUUGUAAAACUAAUACGUUCAAUAGUUAUAUCCCAUAGGUUAGGUAUUCGAUUUUGUAUUUUACGACAGUAUAUUUUCGACAUUCCAAUACGUCCGCACUGUGGUGACGAAUAAGGUAUACAUAAUACGUCUUACCAACGAAUUUAUAAUGAAAAAUAAACCGAAAUUACCAUACUUUUCCGGUUUACGAAACAAACGCAAAUAUAUUAUAAUUAUUUCGGCAGAUAAUUAACGUUUGAAGCGUUUUGCGAGCAUUGCUUAAGACCUACGCGCGAGACGGCCAAAGGAAAAGUCGAGAACACUGCAGCAGCGUAAGUAUCGGCGACAUUUUGGGUAUUCCGCACGAGUACACUCGGCGGACGAAGUAUUACAAAAAAGUAUUUCAUUCAUUAUGUUAAUCCGAUUCAACCGUCGUCGAAUAAAAUUUAAGAAAAGAAAAAUUAAAAGAGGGUUAAUUUCAAAGCCGUUCAUUGAUCGAGUCGAGUGCGCGUACCGCUGCCGCUAUCGACUUAACAAACCUAAUGAGAAAAAAAAAAAAAGAAAAAAACAACUAAAUCGUCUCGAGAGCACCACCGCGCGGACGUUAUUACUCUUAUUUUCGUCAAUGCAACAAUUAUUGUUUAAUUGUUAUACAUUUUUGUUUACCGUCUGCCACACGACUACGCAUCGGAAAGUUCGGCGCGAAAAUUAUUUUUACUAUAAUUAUUAUUCUUUUAAUUGAAAUUAUCGUUCGUAAAAAUGUAUAAUAUUCUGCAGUUUAUUAACUCUCUGUCUUGUUUGAUGUUAUUAAUCCAACAGUUUUUUUUUUUUCCCCGAGCUACAUUAUUAUAUUAUUUAAGUUCGGUUAAAUAAAUGUGUUUGUUUUUAAUCCAAUUAACCGUUUUUUUUUUUUUUUUUUUAAUUCCAAUUUUCCUAAAUUAAACGUCGCUAUAGUAUAAUAUAAUAGGUUACCACAACAGAAUAUUAUUUUAAAUUACUUUCGUUCGUGUGUAUAAAAAAAUUGGCGCAGAAUUUAGUGUACACAUAAAAAAAAAAAAAAAAAAAACGAUUUUACACGUGAACAAACCCCUCCGCGCUAUAUAUAUAUAUAUAUAUAUAUAUUGUAUACGUUAACAGUAGCGGAUGACGUAAUGCAGUAUAUUUUAAACUUGGUAAAAAAAUAAAAAAAAAAAAAAUGUUCGGAAUGCCCCGGUGUCGAACGAUCGCAAAACUGUUAUAAAUUCAACGUGGUGGGGAGAAGGGAGAGUUACGUUACUUUACCAUAUGUCAAAUCCCCGCGAUCUACCGACAGCGAUUUACCGAGUAAGAAAGACAUCUAAAAUAGAUGUUCGAAAAUUGUGUAGUAGUUCCUACUUUUGUCUAUAACGAGCAAACUUAUUCUCGAAUCGUACGUUUCGUGCAUCGACUCUUUCGUAUACCGUCUAUAUUAGCGGUUCUCAACCUUUUGUGCGUUGGCGACCCAAGAUAUUUUCCGAUUUCUUUCGUUCGAAAUUCUUAAAAUUAAUUUUCAAUAAUGGGCAGCUCACUCAAAUGUUCACUCAUCACAACUAAAUGAUUGUGUGACCUUUCAAUUAAAGUCAUAUGGGUUAGUUUAGGUACACGAUUACAUCACGGCUGAACUCUUCGUACCUAGCCCCUGUAAAUACUUUAAUAUCUAUUGCAAAUUCAGUAAAAUUAGAUCUGUUCGCUUGUAACAUAGUGGAUAUCAGAACAGCAUUUAGAGUGCAGUAAUAUAAUGUUGUUAAUACUUUGCAAUUUCGUCUUAAACUUUUACCAAUAAUUGUAUUAUUCAGUAGAUUAGAUUAAGUUUUCUGUUUAUUUAUUAUUUUGUUUUUAUCAGUUUUCUGUUUUAACGAUGAGUGAAUUUAAUUAUCCACUUAGUGUGAAGUUUAAAAAUCAUCUUUGUUAUUUUUUUAAAUUGUGUUAUAUACAUUUAUAUAUAUAUAAAAUAUAAUAUAAGUUUUCGACCUAUUCACACCUACGUGCGAUAAUGUAAAAAAAAAAAAACACAAACAAAAAUACCACGGUCGUUUUCAAUAGGUUGAUUUCAAUAAUUAAGUGCUCGAAUACAAACCAUUUAAAUAAAUGUACAACAUAGAUAUAGCGUUUUGGAAUAGUGACGGAGGAAGAAAACAUAAUUUUAACAGUUUUUACUUUUAUGAUAGUGGCAAAAAAACGUCUCUAGAAAUGCUAGAUACUUAUAAACUACCUACAUUAGAUUAAAAUCCCGGGCGUCAUUUGACGUUAGGGUUAAAUGUUCAAUAAUUAUUAUUGGCGUCUAACAAGUAUUGAAAAUAUUAAAACAAACAAACAAACAAAUUAAUAAAAAUACCGCUUAGGAGAAAAAUACUGUCAAAAGGUCACGGUGACGAAAAAAUUAGUCGAACCCGAAGGUCCCGAAGGCGAAAUGCCAUUAGGCCGUUCAAAUGCGAGCUACGAGGACCGGAUAAGAAAUGACAUAAAACCAAACGAACCCGGGAUAGAGUACGGCGGUGUGAAAUCUGGUUUUUUAAGCAUCGUGAUAUUACGAUUGCCCACGCGACGAUACCCUAUGGUACGGCCAUCGUAA